AUGGUCUUCUCUCAGGUUCUAUUCCUGGCUCUUCUGGGGUCAGUUAAUGCCGCUACUCUUACGAAACGAUUCUCCAGUGGAGAUUUCGCCACAGGUGAAACAGAUCCGAAUGUAAGCAGCGGCUGUACCUACUGGGCCAACUCGAUUAAGUCGACCGACACCUGUUCCGCGCUAGAGAGCUUCUAUGGCAUCACAAUUGCGCAGCUAGUUUCUUGGGCAACUACUAAAUGUACCCUGACCGUGGGAUGGAGCUAUUGCGUGAAGGCCCCCGUAGUCCCAACCACUACCACUACCACCAAAAAGACAGCAACCACCACUUCUUCUACAAAAACUGCAGCUACCACAACAACGGGAGGCCCGUCUCCGACCCAGAUGGGUUUGAUAUCUACAUGUAAUGCCUUCUAUUACGUGAAAAAGGGUGAUUCCUGCUGGGUAAUUAUGAACUCUUAUGGCAACUUCACUCUGGAUCAAUUCUACUCAUGGAAUCCUGCUGUCAAGACCGACUGUUCCGGACUUCAGCCAGAUUACUAUGUCUGCGUUGGCGUCGGCGGGUCUACUGAUUCCACUACCACAAAGACCACAACCACCACGACCCCCACCAACAUCGGGCCGUCUCCCACGCAGGCUGGAAUAGCCACCGACUGCUCAACCUAUUACCAGGCCGAGAAAGGAGAUAGCUGCUGGUUAAUCGUGAACGAGAAGUAUACCUAUCUGACAACUGCUAAGUUCAACAAAUGGAACCCGGCCGUCGGCUCCAACUGCAGUAAUCUGCAGAAGGGGUACUACUAUUGCGUAGCGACCAAGACCGAGAGACCAAUGCCAAACACUAUUAGCACAUGCAAAAAGUGGCAUCAUGUUGCUACAGGUGAUAACUGUUGGUCGAUUGAACAAGAGUACUCGAUCAGUGCGACGCAGUUUGAGAAAUGGAAUCCGUAUAUAGGAUCGUCGUGUGCGUCGUUGUGGCUGGGAUAUUAUGUCUGUGUGGGUGUUUAG